AUGUCAUUGCUUAACAAUCUAGAAAUUGAAGAAAUAAUUACCAAAAAUAAACCUAAUAGUUCUUCCUUUAUUUUCCGACACUUGCCUCCUACUAUGGGAAUAACCUUAGGCAAUUCUUUACGACGAAUUCUUUUAGGUCAUAUUAGUGGAAUAGCACCGCUCGGAGUAGAGAUUUCUGACAAAAAUGGUCCAGUGAAAAGUAAAGACACCAUUUUGGCGGGAGUAGAUAAAGUAACUCGCUACUUAAUUAUGAGUUUGAAAGAAAUUAUCUUAGAAGAAAAAAACAAAAAAGAAGGAAUUUUUUGUUUGGAGUUAAAUAUUGAAAACCAGAAAAAAGAAGAAAGAAUAAUUGUGGCUGGUGAUUUUCAGCCUGACCCAAGUGUCGAAAUUAAAAAUCCUGAAUUUCCUUUGGCGACUUUGGCUCCGCUGGCGAGUUUGAAAAUAAAAUUAUACUGUCAAAAAAAUUGGGGCUAUCAUGAGGAAGAAACACAAAAGAAAGAUUAUUUUGCGGAAAAAGAAAAUGUUAUUGUUUUGGCUACUGAUUAUUCCCCGAUUAAGGGAGGACAAGUCAAUUUUCAAGUAGAGCAAGAGGUAAUUGGUCUAGACAAACAGGAAGAAAAACUAACCAUUACUAUCAAUACCAACGGGGCGAUUAAACCCAAAAAAGCUCUCCAAGAGGCUUUGGAAAUUUCCCAAAAUUCCUUUGAGCUAAUUAACAAAACUCUAACCAACGGCAGAAAAAAAGGAAAGAUGGCCAAAGAGUUAGCCACGAAAUAA